UCUUGCAGAUGGCGUAGCCGGACGGCGGAUGUUGCUAUUAGCGAAUAAUCGUUUUAUUUCUAAAUGAAAAGUAUUUAAGUCGGUCGUUUUCAAAGCAUUUCAGUUAAACUCAUGUUUUAUUCUGUUAUUAUUUAUUCUGAGAUUUCACAUGAAAUUGUAAACCCAUUAAUGCGUGCGUUUUGUACAGUAUUUAUUCUGCAGCAAGUAGCCCGGUUAGCAUCUUUGUUGGAAGUUUAGGCCUACUGUGCCACCGCUUGUCGAUUUUAACAAUAGCCGCGAUACACUCCCCUCCUCCGCUUGUUUUGAUACAUUCAAAGGAUUAUCUUUAAAGCACACGAAGAAAGAACAUGGGAGAUAAACAGGAUCACAAAGGAAGAUGUCCAACGGCGCAGCAGGAAGCGGGGGUCUGGCUUGGAUGGAGGCUGCGAAUGGCAGAGGUGAUACUGGCAAGAUGGAAGGGGCAAAGAAAGACAAGGCGGGCGCAAAGUUGUCUGUGGAGCGAGUGUAUCAGAAGAAGACCCAACUAGAGCACAUUCUUCUCCGUCCAGACACAUACAUUGGCACUGUUGAGCCCAUCACCCAGCAAAUGUGGGUUUUUGAUGAAGAUACUGGCAUGAACCAGAGAGAAAUCACUUACGUACCUGGACUGUACAAAAUCUUUGAUGAAAUUCUGGUCAAUGCAGCAGACAACAAACAAAGGGACAAGAACAUGACUGCCAUCAAGAUCACCAUCGAUCCUGAGUCCAACACCAUCUCCAUAUGGAACAAUGGUAAAGGAAUACCAGUGGUGGAGCAUAAGGAUGAGAAGAUGUACGUCCCAGCUCUCAUUUUUGGCCACCUGCUCACCUCCAGCAACUAUGAUGAUGAUGAGAAAAAGGUGACAGGUGGUAGAAAUGGUUAUGGUGCUAAACUCUGCAACAUCUUCAGUACCAAGUUCACAGUGGAAACGGCUUGCAAGGAAUACAGACACAGCUUCAAACAGACGUGGCAGAACAACAUGACCAAGACUUCUGACCCCAAGAUCAAGUUCUUUGAUGGGGAUGAUUUCACCUGCGUGACAUUCCAGCCAGACCUGGCCAAGUUCAAGAUGGAGAAACUGGACAAGGAUAUUGUAGCGCUUCUUACUCGCAGAGCAUAUGAUGUAGCGGGCUCCUGCAGAGGGGUCAAAGUAACACUGAAUGGGAAAAAGUUGCCUGUUAAUGGGUUCCGUAGCUAUGUGGAUCUGUAUGUGAAGGACAAACUGGACGAGACCGGCGUGGCCCUGAAGGUGGUGAAUGAAACUGUGAAUGAUCGUUGGGAGGUUUGCCUCACCAUGAGCGAGAAAGGAUUCCAACAAAUUAGCUUUGUUAACAGCAUUGCCACUACCAAGGGUGGCAGGCACAUUGACUAUGUGGUGGACCAGAUUGUGUCCAAACUUAUUGAAGUGGUGAAGAAGAAGAACAAGGCAGGAGUGUCAGUCAAACCCUUCCAGGUGAAGAACCACAUCUGGGUGUUUGUGAAUGCUCUGAUUGAGAAUCCCAGCUUUGACUCCCAGACCAAGGAGAACAUGACACUCCAAACCAAAAGCUUUGGGUCCAAGUGCCUCCUGUCAGAAAAGUUUAUCAGGGCUGCAACUAACUGUGGGAUUGUGGAGAGUAUACUCAACUGGGUGAAGUUCAAAGCUCAGACACAGCUGAAUAAAAAGUGCUCAUCCGUGAAGCACAGUAAGAUCAAAGGCAUCCCCAAGCUAGACGACGCCAAUGAUGCUGGUGGAAAACACUCUGCUGAAUGCACACUAAUCCUCACUGAGGGAGACUCAGCCAAGUCUCUGGCUGUGUCUGGACUGGGAGUCAUCGGACGUGAUCGCUAUGGAGUGUUCCCACUGAGAGGAAAGAUCCUUAAUGUGCGAGAGGCAACACACAAGCAGAUCAUGGAAAAUGCUGAAAUUAACAACAUCAUCAAAAUCGUUGGCCUACAAUACAAGAAAAGCUAUGAUGACCCAGAGUCACUGAGAAGCCUGCGCUACGGCAGGAUCAUGAUCAUGACUGAUCAGGAUCAAGAUGGUUCUCAUAUCAAAGGUCUGCUCAUCAACUUCUUCCACCACAACUGGCCCUCCCUACUGAAGCACACAUUCCUGGAGGAGUUUAUCACACCCAUUGUCAAAGCAACCAAGAACAAGCAGGAACUGGCCUUCUAUAGCAUUCCAGAGUUUGAUGAGUGGAAGAAACAGACAGAGAACUAUAAAACAUGGCAUAUAAAGUACUACAAAGGUUUGGGUACAAGUACAAGCAAAGAGGCAAAGGAAUACUUUGCUGACAUGGAGAGGCAUCGCAUCACAUUCAGAUACAGCGGUGUAGAGGAUGAUGCUGCCAUCACUCUGGCCUUCAGUAAGAAGAAGACAGAUGACAGGAAGGAGUGGCUGACUAACUUCAUGGAAGACAGACGUCAGAGGAGGAUGCACGGCCUGCCGGAGCAAUACCUAUAUGGAACUCAGGCCAGACACCUCUCCUACAAUGACUUUAUCAACAAAGAGCUGAUUUUGUUCUCCAACUCUGAUAAUGAGAGAUCCAUCCCAUCUUUGGUUGAUGGCUUGAAGCCAGGUCAGAGGAAGGUGCUGUUCACCUGCUUGAAGAGGAAUGACAAGAGGGAAGUGAAGGUAGCACAGCUGGCCGGUUCAGUGGCAGAGAUGUCUGCCUACCAUCACGGAGAGCAAGCUCUCAUGAUGACCAUAGUGAACUUGGCCCAGAACUUUGUGGGCAGUAACAACGUGAACAUCCUGCAGCCUCUUGGUCAGUUUGGUACUCGCAUCAAUGGAGGCAAAGAUGCUGCCAGCCCUCGUUAUAUUUUUACCAUGCUCAGUCCUCUUGCCAAGCUGUUGUUCCCAGCGGUGGAUUCCAACCUGCUCAAAUUCCUCUACGAUGACAAUCAAAAGGUGGAGCCUGAGUGGUACAUUCCCAUCAUUCCAAUGGUGCUGGUGAACGGUGCUGAGGGCAUCGGGACAGGCUGGGCGUGUAAGAUCCCCAACUAUGACCCCCGAGAGAUUGUCAACAACAUCAACCGCAUGCUCAACCACCAGGAUCCCCUGCCAAUGCUUCCCAGCUACAAAAACUUCAAAGGGGUGAUCCAUGAACUGGGUCAGAACCAGUACCUGGUCAGUGGAGAGGUGUCAGUGAUAGACAAAAACACCAUUGAGAUCACAGAGCUUCCUGUCAGGACAUGGACACAGGCCUAUAAGGAAUCUGUGCUGGAACCCAUGCUGCAGGGCAGUGACAAAACACCAGCUCUCAUCAAUGAUUACAAGGAAUACCACACAGAUACCACAGUCAAGUUUGUGGUCCGCAUGUCUGAGGAGAAACUGGCCCAGGCUGAGGCAGCUGGCCUCCAUAAAGUCUUCAAGCUGCAGUCCAGUCUCACCUGCAACUCCAUGGUUCUGUUUGACCACAUGGGUUGUCUGAAGAGGUACGAUUCAGUCCAAGACAUCCUCAGGGAGUUCUUUGAGCUCCGCCUGCACUACUGCAAACUGAGGAAGGAUUGGUUACUGGGCAGCCUGGGAGCGGAGGCCGCAAAACUGUCCAACCAGGCUCGCUUUGUGCUGGAGAAGAUUGAAGGAAAAAUUUCAAUUGAGAACAAAUCAAAGCGUGAACUGAUCCGCAUGCUGGUCCAGAAAGGCUAUGAAUCUGAUCCAGUUGUGGGCUGGGCCAAAGCUCAGGAAAAGGCUCAGGAAGAAGAUUACCGUGAUGGAAAUGAGAGUGACAGCUCGGUGGACUCUGGCUCCUCUUCAGGGCCAAAUUUCAACUACAUCCUCAACAUGCCUCUGUGGUGCCUGACUAAAGAGAAGGUGGAGGAGCUGCUUAAACAGAGGGACCAAAAGAAAGGAGAACUGAAUGAUCUCCAGAGAAAAUCCCCAGAGGAUCUAUGGAAGGAGGACUUGGCAGUCUUCAUUGAGGAACUGGAUCGUGUGGAGGCACAGGAGCGAGACGAGCAGAGUUCAGGAAGGGCCAUCAAACUGGUGAAGGGUAAAGUGGGCAAACCCAAAGUGAAGAAGAUGAACCUGGAGGAGACCAUGCCCUCACCAUAUGGCCGCAGGGUGGAGCCACCAACUCAGCCGAUCAAAUCUGAUGCUGCCAAGAAACUGACCAAAAAGAAGAAGGGUGACGCAGAUCCAGCGGUGAAGCUGGAGUUUGAUGAUGAGGGUUUGGGUGGAGAGGGAGGAACAGGAGAAAAUUCUGUAGCCAAACCAAAGGCUCCACGUGUCAAGAAAGAGAAGAAAGAGCCUGGAGCUCCUAGAGUGAGAAAACCUCCAGGGCCCAAAGGUACCCCUGCUAAGAAGGUGAAGAAGAGAAACCCCUGGUCUGAUGAUGAGACCAACUCAGACAGUGACCUGGAGAACAGUGAGCCUCUCAUCCCCAGAGAGACCAAGUCCCAGAGGGCAUCAGCUUCCAAGCCAAAAUACACGUUUGACUUCUCGGAAGAGGAGGAGGAGGAGGAGGCAGAGGAAGAGGAGAAUGGAGAGGAUGAUGUGCCUUCUUCUCCAGUUAGGUCGUUCAAAGAUGACUUUGCUUCAUCUGACACCAAGGACCGCUACAACGACCAUAAUGAGGAUGACGACGAUGAUGACGACAAUGAAGACUCGUACUCUCCUCCCAAACAAAAGACCAUGUCUGCACCUGUAUCUAAAAAGAAAGAGACAACCAGCAUCUUCUCGUCCAAGUCAGCCUUCUCUGAAAAAAGUAAUGACAGUGAUGGGUCCAAGUCUGACAGUGAUGAGGACAACGGCCCAGCAUUCUCCACUUACUCCAGCAGCUCUGCAUUUGACAAAUUGCCAGCAAAGAAAGCAGUUAAGAAGCCCUCUGAUGCAGCUCCCAAACCUAAGAAGCCACCAGCACCAAAAGCCAAGAAACCAGAUAAAUCCAUCUGGGACUCUGACUCUGACACUGGGUCCAAGAAGCCUGCACCAGCUCUUAAAGGUAAAGGCCGGGGGAGGAAGAGGAAGGGCUCUGGCUCUGAAGACGAGUACAGUCCAAUGAAGAAAAUGGCAAAACCUGCCGGCAGGAAGCCUCAGAAACCACCAUCUGAUGACGAGGAUGAUGACAGCAACGGCCUGAGUUCAAUGAACGCUCUGUCCCGUGACCGGCCAGGCCGGGCCAAGAAGGAGGUGAAGUACUUCCACGAGUCAGACAAUGAGGAAGACGAUGACGACAACAUGUUCGAUUAAAGCAAACCGGUCAUGUUCAAACACACUCUGCUUGUAUGGAAGUAAACCUUCUCUUUCUGUGUUCCCACAGACUUUUGUACAUUUCCUGUUUCAUUUUAUUUUCAUUAAUGGUGAUGUUCAAUGAUUUUUAAUGUGUAGGUGUUUUACACUUUUUAUUAUACAUAUACAGGUUUCUUUUUUUAUGCCCAUUGAAAUGUUCUGUAUUUGUCCGAAGUGGCUUUUAGAUGUUUAGAAUGCUGUGCUUUAGCACAUUUUAAUUGUUAAAAUACUACGUAACUUUUUGAACAUGAAGUUGAAAGUAAACAAUGAAAUGUCCAUGGUUUUACUGGCCUGAUUCUUUCAUGACUGAGCAAUAAAACAACUCACUUUCAUACUAAUACUUUAAUAAAUGCUGUGAGGCUG